AUGUUUUCUCUAGGGUUCUUCAGAUCUCACCAGGAAUUUCUAAGCCUGCUCAGAUGAUAAGAAGCUCUGGUGGAUGUCAGCCGGUGCUCGGUGAUAUUCAGAUCUCAUCUCCCCGGACUCCGGGCAUCAAGAGAAGGAAAAGCCAAGCAAAGAAGGUGGUCUGCAUUCCUGCUCCAGCUGCAGCAAACAGCAGAACAAGUGGAGAAGUUGUUCCUUCUGAUCUUUGGGCUUGGAGAAAAUAUGGCCAAAAACCAAUCAAAGGUUCUCCUUAUCCAAGGGGGUAUUAUAGAUGUAGUAGUUCGAAAGGAUGUUCAGCGAGGAAACAAGUAGAGCGAAGCCGGACCGAUCCAAACAUGUUGGUUAUCACCUACACAUCGGAGCAUAACCACCCUUGGCCGACGCAGAGGAAUGCGCUUGCCGGAUCGACACGGUCACAAACGUCGUCGAAGAACGUUACUUCUUCAUCAACUCAAAAGAACAACCACAAACAAGUAGUAAAUUUGAAGGAAGAACCAAAGGACACAACAAGCUCAAGCAGUACUCCAUUAGUGAAAGAAGAAGGUGGAGAGUUUGUAGACAAAGCAAUGGAUGCAUCUGAUCAUGAUCAAGAUCGUCUUGAUCAAAUGUUUGUUGGGAGUUACAAACCAUUGAUACCAGAAUGCAACCAUCCUGAUGAUUUCUUUGCUGAUUUAGCUGAGUUGGAUCCUGAUCCAAUGAGCCUGAUAUUCUCAAAAGGAAUUGAUGAUGUUGAUGUUGAACAGGAUCAGAGGGAGAGAAACAACAACAACAACAACAACAACAACAACAACAACAAGAGCAUUGAUCCUUUCAACAUCUUUGAUUGGGGAGUCAUGAACUCAUUCGGAGAGUCAAAGAGAGGUUUAUAACAAGACCUUGUUACAGUAUAUGUUCAAGGUCUGAAUAUAAACCAUUUCUUAUAAUAUCUCUUGAAUUUAGAGACACAGUUGUUUUUGUCCCCUUUUUUUUUCUCUUCUUUAUCUUGUUAUUUAACAGAACCUUAUAAAGAUUAGAGGAGAACAUUAAUCAAAAGAAGAAGAAGAAGAAGAAAGGGUUGUUUGUAGUUGAAGGAGAGAGAGAGAGAGAGAGCUGUAAACUUGGAAUAUUGGAGGAUGGGACAGAAAGCUGAGGAACAGAAGCUUUCAACAGUUAAGAACAAGUACAUGUCUGAGAUGUGAUUGAAAAAACCUCACAAAGAAGUUGAUAGUGUUGUAGUUGUUGGUGUUCAUACAGGGAUGAGCUUUUCCUUUUUCACUCCACUUCUCUGCUACUUGCUUGGGAUGACAAGAGUGGUCAUACAAAAAGAAAAGAGUAGCUUGACUUUUUCUUUCUCUCA